UCCAGGAAACCGGAUCUCGGGGAAUAUUAUUCAAAGGAAUCAAAGCAGCAGAAGGUGGAGGAGUAGACCACUCAACAGAAACCGCGAGAGUUGUCCAGGGAAGAGGGGUCUCCCCAUAACCUGAGCCAUGAGUCGCAGCAUUGUGCGGCAGAGUAAGUUUCGCCACGUCUUCGGCCAGACCGUCAAGGCUGAGCAGGGUUACGAUGACAUUCGUGUUUCCAAGGUGACGUGGGACAGCUCCUUCUGUGCCGUCAACCCAAAGUUCCUGGCAGUCAUCGUUGAAUCCAGCGGAGGAGGAGCGUUCCUGGUACUACCCCUCUCUAAGUCGGGUCGUGUGGAUAAGAACUACCCGCUUGUGAUUGGGCACUCUGGACCUGUCCUCGAUAUCGACUGGUGCCCUCAUGACGACAACAUCCUGGCCAGCUGCUCGGAGGACUGUACUGCGAUGGUGUGGCAGAUCCCAGAUCACUCACUGACCCGCCCCCUCUCCGACCCCAUUGUCAUCCUGGAGGGACACUCCAAGCGUGUCGGUAUUGUCACCUGGCACCCAACCGCACGCAACAUACUACUCACUGCGGGCAGUGAUAACCUGAUUAUAAUCUGGAACGUGGGGACAGGCGAGCCCCUCAUCUCCAUGGACGACCACCCAGACCUCAUCUACAGCAUCAGCUGGAACCGAAACGGCAGCUUGUUUUGUACCACCUGCAAGGACCGACGUCUGCGUGUCUGCGACCCACGCAAGAGGGAGGUGGUUGCGGAACGCCUGGCUCCACAUGAGGGCAUCCGGCCAAUGAGAGCCAUCUUCACCAGAGAUGGAAACAUUUUCACCACAGGAUUCACCAGAAUGAGCCAGAGAGAGCUCGGACUCUGGGACCCGACACAUUUUGAGGAGCCCAUUGCACUGUUGGAAUUGGACACAAGUAACGGAGUGUUGUUACCAUAUUAUGAUGCUGACGCAAACAUGGUCUACCUCUGUGGAAAGGGGGACAGCAGUAUCCGUUACUUCGAGAUCACAGAUGAGCCGCCAUAUGUCCACUACCUCAGUACCUUCAGCACCAAGGAGCCCCAGAGAGGGAUGGGCUUCAUGCCCAAGAGAGGUGUGGACGUCACCAAAUGUGAGAUCGCUAGGUUAUUCAAGCUCCUUGACAAAAAGUGUGAACCCAUCACAAUGACAGUGCCCAGAAAAUCGGAUCUCUUCCAAGAUGACCUGUACCCAGACACAGCGGGGCCCGAACCCGCCAUGGAGGUUGAAGAGUGGCUGGAUGGCCGGGACGAAGAUCCAAUUCUGGUGUCCAUGAGGGAGGGCUACGUGCCGCCCAAGAGCCGAGAGCUCAAAGUGGCAAAGAAGAACCUGCUGGACUCCAGACCCACCACCCGGCGAAGCAUGUCCACUUUGGACACCGACAGUCUGCCGCCUGAGCUGCUUGAGAGGCUGUUGGAGGAAAUUCAGAAUCUAAAGGCCACAGUUUUGUCCCAAGAGAAGCGAAUCUGUGAUUUGGAGAAUAAGCUUUCCCAGUACACCAAUGGCACUGACUGACAUGCAUGGAACACACCUUUUGAAGAACUGGUCUAAAUUUCAGAAUUUCUAUAUGACUAUUAAAGAAAAACAUUUCCCUUGUCUUGACAAAGAACCACUCACCUCACUCCAACAGUGUUGCACCUUUAAAAGAUACCAUUGUGUAAGAAUAUGAAUGUGGAAAAUGUAAAUGUACAUUGACAGUGCAACACAUUUGAAUAAAUUACAUCUGUACUAAUACAAUACUGUUAGAGAAGAACAGGUAUACAAAAAGUAGCAAAACUCAAAUGACAGAAAAAUACAUGUCUGCAUGAAGUGGUUUGAUCUUUUUUGUUAAUCUCCUGAAACUACAUAGUACACACACAUCGCCAUCACUCAAGCAAGCACACAUGCUCAUCAUAUUUGCCUUGUCCCUCUGUAUCAAACAACCACUGACCGGUUCAUUAAAUAUCUCUGAAAACCUUUCAAAAUGUAAAUAGUGAUAAAAGGAAACCAUAGAAAGAAAAUGUUGAACUUGUAGCAAAUGUGAAAAGGAUAAUGUUUUGUGUUCUGUAAAAGAUUAUACACUAGGCACAUUAUGGCAACAAUAAAAAAAAACAGUGUUUUUUAAAAACUGCCUUGUCUGUCUAUCGAAGCCCAU